ACACGUACACACACACACACAACGUGCGCUCGUAGUAGGCGGAGGCAAGAAGCCACACACACACACACACACGCUGGAGGGAACCCCAUCAGCUGUAGAAAGCAACACAUCUUGGAUUUACUUUUUAUCACCAAACGCUUCCUCUCGGAUCAAAUUUGAAGUGGUGUUUGUGAUAUGCGUCACUGAGCAGUCCAGCUCGAUCCCCCGGCAGAAAAAAGAAACGAGCAUCCCAUUGCAACGAAGUGGAGGGAGAAGGAAAGAGAAAACACGAACUACAGAAGGUGGCUCGGAAAGCAUGGAAUAUUUCAUGAUGCCGACAGAGAAGAUACCGUCCUUACAGCAGUUCAAGAAAACGGAGAAGGAUGUUAUCGGGGGUCUUUGCAGCCUGGCCAACAUCCCCCUCAGCCCGGAGUCGGCCCAGGACCAGGAGAGGCGAAUCCGCCGCGAGAUCGCCAACAGCAACGAGCGCCGGCGCAUGCAGAGCAUCAACGCCGGCUUCCAGUCCCUGAAAACCCUCCUGCCCCACACAGACGGAGAGAAACUCAGCAAGGCUGCUAUCCUGCAACAGACGGCCGACUACAUCUACACUCUGGAGCAGGAGAAGACGCAACUUCUGGCCCAGAACAACCAGCUGAAGCGCUUCAUCCAGGAGUUUGGCGGCUCGUCGCCAAAGCGGAGACGAGCGGAGGAGAAGGACGAGGGCAUCGGCUCCCCGGACACGCUGGAGGAGGAGAAGGUGCGCUCGCUGGACACCCAGCUGCACCCGGAGCGUCUGAAGGUGAUCACCCAGCAGGUGGAGGAGGAGCAGGCGCUCCUGCAGAGCCAGACGCUGCUGCGGCUCCAGCAGAUCCACGCCUCCGACCGGCAGACGCACAGCCCCCAGGUGCCGGCGCCCGCCUCCACCCACCACCCCACGGUCAUCGUCCCGGCCCCGACACUAACCCAGCAGCCCCCCCACCACCACGUCACCGUGGUGACGGUGAGCCCGUCGGCCCACACCAGCACCGUGUCCACCUCCAGACAGAACCUGGACACCAUCGUGCAGAAGUUCGGAAAAAGCCGACCGGCCAAGAGCCCCCACGGGUCAGCGGCACACGGACAGUAUUACUACACCCGGCCGGAGGCGGUAUGUCGGAGAGUCCAA